GAAAGCAUAUGAAGAGGCAGAGGAAAUUAAGAAAAGCGAAAACCCACGCCGAAAAUCAGAGAUUCAGACCUUGGCUUUGCUUGGCUUGGCAGAUUGAAAGCAUGAAGAAGCAGGGGAGAGAAACGGAAGAGGAACAGAUCUCCGACAUUAUCAGCAGUCUACCAGACUGUAUGCUCGCCCAUAUCCUCUCUUUUCUCCCAACCAAACACGCCAUUCUCACAAGCAUUUUGUCGAGCAGGUGGAGGGUUCUCUGGACUCUCGUCCCUGUUCUUCACUUGGACAAGCCCACGCUUGAUAGUAUCAGAACUUCGACCUUAAAUUAUAUUUUAUUUCCCAGAAACCCCUCCACCCUUUGCAAGCUGUGCAUCGAUUGUCCUCGUCGAUCCUUCGUUGACAAAUGUGUCCAAGCCGCCAUCCUGCGUGGCGUGCAAGAGCUCGACCUUGUUCUCGACCUUGUUCUCGACCUUCAUAAUCAAACUAAGGAGUUGCCCGCUAGUGUCUUCUUCUGUACAACAUUAGUGGUUUUGAAAUUGAGGGGCCACUUUCUUCUCAAUCCUCCUGAUUCUGCUUCUUCCUCUUCUUCAAUGUUCCCAAGUCUCAAGACUCUACAAAUUUCACAUGUUUACUAUGCGAACCACAACUCUCUCUCCACACUCCUCCCCGCCUGCCCGCUGCUCCAAGAUUUGAGGAUCAAAGUUAGUGAUUCUGAUUUGGAUUUUUUGGACAAGGAAGCAGACAACAAGUUCAAUAUUCUUGUACUCGUGCCUACGCUGAAAAUAUUAGUUUUGGAUUGCUCUUUUUUACGCUGGUCAUUCAAACUCCACAUAAACACCCCGGCUCUCGAGUACUUUCACUUCAAAGGCGAUUUGAACAGUGAUGUUGUUUCUGAAAAUCUCCCCAACUUGUUUAAAUCAGUCCUUGAUGUUCGUAAUUGUUAUUAUCUAGACUGGAUGUGGAAAUUGACAAACUUCAUGGGACUACUCUGUAACAUUAGAUCCAUGGAAUUGUGGAUAGGAACAGCAGAGUACAUUCUCGAACACUCGUCGUCUAAUAGUCAUUAUGACGUUCCCAUGUUUCAUAAUUUGUCUUCCUUGAAGUUUUAUGGUGACUUCUGGGCUAUGUGGUCUCCGUGGAAUGCAGUACAACUAUUGCUUUGUCGAGCUCCAAAGCUACAAACACUCACCUUUGAAUUGAAUUACCGGUGUUGCAUUCGUAGUUUUUCAGUUGACUUUCGCUUGAAGAAGCCAUUAGAUGUUCCUGAAUGUCUGUCAUCACACCUUACAACUUGUCAUUAUAAAGGAUUUUCAGGGCAUGUCAUGGAACUUGUUGAACAAAUCCUGAAGGAAUCAAAAGUAUUAAAGACAAUGAAAAUCACUUUCAACAGUGAUCUAGACUCAAAGGAGAAGCUUCGUAUUCACAAGAAGAUAAUGAAGUUCCCAAGGACAUCUCAAACUUGUCAAAUUGCAUUUGACUAAUGUUCAUCAUCGAACAUUCUUCUAAUCAUGAUGAUGUUCCCAUGUUUCAUAAUCUGUCUUCCUUGAAGUUUUAUGGAUAAAUGGAUAAAUGGUAUCCAUGGAAUGCUGUACGACUAUUGCUCAGUCGGGCUCCAAAGCUACAAGCACUUGCCUUUGAAUUAAAACACCAGUAUAGCUUAGGUCAUUCUAGACAUGACUAUACCUUAAAGAAACCACUAGAAGAUCCUGAGUGUUUGUCAUCACACCUUACAACUUGUCAUUAUAAAGGAUUUUCAGGGCAUGACAUGGAACUUGUUGAACAAAUCCUAGAGGAAGCAAAAGUCUUAAAGUCAAUGAUAAUCACUGUUGAAAGUGAUCUAGGCUCAGAGCCUAAGUGUCGUUUUUGCGAGGGGAUAAUGAAGUUCACAAGGACCUCUCAAACUUGUCAAAUUGCAUUUGACUGGGAUGCUUCCAUUUUUACUCUCUCUUACUUGUCCAGAAGCAGUAGUUUUAAGGGGAAUGCUCAUUGUUCUUUGCAUCUUUCAUUUGAAACUUUAAUGGAUUCAAGAUUAGAAAUACUUGUUUAAUAGUGAAAUCUCUCUGAGGGUUCUUGAUGGUUGUAGAGGGGGCUUCUUUUGUGUAGAUUUCAAUCUUUAUUUUUUUAGUUGUUUUCAGUUCAAGCUGUUUGGACAGAAAAUUUUAGCUUCCCAAGCCCACGAAAUAUGCUUCUCUCUUUGACUGUAAAAGUUUUGUUUCUAAUGGUGUCAAAUGUGGGGAAAAAAGAAACUUAAAAAGGCAUUGUUUUAUUUCACAUUUAAUGCUACUCUUAGUGAUUUUAAGAUUUCUUUGGUAGCUGAGAAAAUGCAAGAAAAUUAAAGAAGUGAAAAAUUUCAGCAUCAGAUGAAUGUAAGAAAAAUUCAGGAAAUAUAGGUUAUUUUGAAUUCCAUUGGCCACCUCUAGAUGAAAUCUUAGGAAAACUACAGAUGAGUUAGGAGUUCUUUACAAAUAAGAAGAAAGUAUUAAUAUGCUCAAUCCACUGCUUUAGCUUAACGUUCAUGUUCUUGUUAACUUAUUUUCAUAGAUUCAAUUAAUGUGUGUGUAUGUGUGUGUAUGUGUGUGUGUGUGUGUGUAUAUAAUGUACUGUCUGAAAUAAUGUGUGCUUAUAAAGGCUUGUAAUUAACUUGAGACUUGCCAACUUUUAAAGCCAGUUUGAACUUUGAAGCAUUGUUACUGGUUUGUCACUACCAUCAAUUUUCCUUCCCCCACCCCCUUGUUUCUUAGUUCAGUCUUAUUCUUUUUUUUCCUCACUAACCCUAGAAAUCACUUUUAUUUAUGAACUAUAAAAUGAAUUUAUUACUUGUGCGCAGCUCCAUGAAUUAAAGGGCAACUCUUGAAUAUCUUGGCAAUUGUUUACGACUAUAAGAAGACGAAAGAAAUGAGUGCAGCAGAAAGGAAAUUGGAAUAAAAUUGUUGGAAAAAGUAUUUUCUAUGUGUGCAAGUGAAAAGGAUUCGGAAGUUUAUCAUUGAUGUUGGAGUUACAGUGAACCAUGAUCCUGAAAUAGGUUAUUUACUGAUGGUCUGGGUGCUUUAGCUCUAGGUUCAUGUUCUUGAUAAAUUUGAGUUCGAUGAGCCAGAAUACAACCUGCUUGUCUAAAAUUUUAGCUGACUAUGCUUUAUUUAGCAUAGUUGAAUUCCUAUCAAAUUUGAGGCCUGAAACUGAUUUUGGGAUGAACUUAGAGCAAAGUUAUCAAGAAUGUACUAUGCUGACAUUUGAACCUGCUGAACGGCUGAAGUACGAACUGACUAGUUUUUGUAGUUUGAUAUUUUUAUAUAGCCAGAUAUAGAGAAAAACCAGUUAUUCAACUAUAUAAACCGGUUGUUGAACUGGAUUGAAUUGACCAUCUCAAAAAUUAUAACUUGGCUCGGAAGAGAAUAAACCAUAUAGAGCAAAGGUAUCCUCUUUCUGUAUGCUCUACUUGAAGUGGGCAAAUUGCAUGCAGCAAUUAUCGUGGUGAUUUGAACUUGGAACCUAUAGUUUGAAUGAGAAGAGACUGUAUCUCUAAGUCAUAAGAGCUGAUUUAGUAAGAUAUGUUAUAUUUUUAUACUUUUUAAUUUGAACCUAUAUUAAUAAUUAUGGUUUAUGUAAUUGUAAUAGUAAUAGAUAUCUUUAUAUUAAGAAAGUCAGUGGCUCAAUUGGUGAUGCAAUUUUUAAGCUGGUUCUACAGAAAACUGACCAUUGCUCAAGUUGAUGCUCAGUACAUUUAUGAUAACUAUGGGUUAUGGUGAUCCCGGCGUUAUUUUAAUUGUAUUGAAAUGAAUUGAUCUCACCUGUUUAUUUAAUUGUACAUCUGUUGCAGGAUAUUUGUCCAAACAACAGACUUCAGUUUCA